AUGACAGGGUUGUGGGACAAGAUUGACAAUCAGGCACGCCUUUAUAAUCUUAAAGACUCCUCUAGUGCAUUGAUAAGUAAAUCGCUAAUGUAUUUGAUGGAGAUGCAAGUGGGAUCUCAUCCAUUCCUAAGGGAAAUGGCUGGGAUGAUCAAACUAUAUCUUAGACCUGGCAAGAGCUGACCCUUGCAUUCACAGAUGCCUCACAUAUGCCUCUUAUGAGCCUUGAAUCCCUGACCUCCUUGUUGGGAGGUGAGGGGCUAGUCAAACUGGGCUAAGCCUGUGAUGGCAAAAGAGAUACAAGUUCUUUUGUGCCCUUUUGUGUUUAACAGACAGUUCUUAAUCUUAUAACAAAUAUGUACGCAAUAGGCAUCUCAUCUAUGGUAAUGCUUAAUAGGAGUUUUACUUUGUAAUUAUCAAACAGAAUGGGAGUUUCACUGCUCUAUUCUCUGUUAGCUACAAGCAAAUAAAAAA